AUGUGGCGCGGCGGCUGCAUCAUCCGUUCCGUCUUCCUCAAGGACAUCACGGCCGCCUACCGCAAGGAGCCCAACCUGACGAACCUGCUGUUCGACGACUUCUUCAACAAAGCCAUCCACAAGGCGCAGCCCGGCUGGCGGGACGUCGUCGCCCAGUCGGCCCAGCUCGGCAUCCCGACGCCCGCCUUCUCCACGGCGCUGUCGUGGUUCGACGGCUACCGCACCAAGGACCUGCCCGCCAACCUGCUCCAGGCGCAGCGCGACUACUUCGGCGCCCACACCUUCCGCAUCAAGCCCGAGUUCGCCAGCGCCAAGUACCCCGAGGGCCAGGACAUCCACGUCAACUGGACCGGCCGCGGCGGCAACGUGUCGGCCUCGACCUACCAGGCAUAA